ACGGCGUCCAUGGCCUCUCAAUCUCAGUAUCUCGCAGUGCUCAGGGCAGCAUACGACUAUACUCCAGACUCUGCAGAGGAAAUUGCCAUCAAGGAGGACCAAAUCCUCUUCCUCAUCGAGCGAACCGAUGACGACUGGUGGAAGGUCAAACCCAGGGAUGCAGAUGAGUCGGAUGAAGGCGGGCUGGUGCCUGCUGCCUACGUUGAACCUGCACCGCACAAGUCGGUGGUGAAGGCAAUAUAUGAUUAUGAUGCAACCGCUCCUGGAGAGCUUUCAAUAAAGGAGGAUGAGGUACUUCUUGCUUUUGAUGCGGAUGAUGGUUGGCUUCUCGUGCAAAGCGAGAACGAGGGCGGCAAGGCCGGGUUCGUGCCUGAGAGUUAUGUCGAGGCUGCGGAUGCGGAAGCAAUUGGAGAACCGGAGCAGGAGGAAGAGGAGGAGGAAGUGGCUGCUCCUGCUAUCAUUGUUCCGCCUUCUCCGCCACGACCGUCUGCACCUUACAUUGAUCCCGCCGAGCGGGUUGCGGCUUCUCAUGCAAAGGCUCCGAACGACAGCAUACAAACCUGGGCUGUCUCCGAAGUCGAUAAGAAGGGCAAGAAAAAGAAGGGUACGCUCGGUAUCGGUAACGGUGCGAUUUUCUUCGCAAGUGAAUCGGACAAGACCCCUGUACAAAAGUGGCCAACAAGCGAUGUCCAAUCCUCGUAUAUUGAGAAGUCAAAGCAUGUGCACAUCGACAUUGCUGGCGAGACACCAGUCAACCUUCAUUUUAAUGCCGGUUCAAAGGAUACUGCAGAAGCGAUCGUUGAGAAAUUGGAUGCAUCAAAGGCUGCAUCUACUCCUAAGCCUGAAACACCGACUGAGGAAGUACAGGAACAAGCACCUGCAAUGAGGUCCUCGCCUAAGCCGAAGAAGAAUGGUGUCAGCGUACAUUUCGCGUCGACUCCACCUUCAAUCAUCUCACCUCGGGAGCCUGAUCUAGACAGCGAACCGGGGGAAUACAUUAGUUCAAGGGAUGACAGGCAUAAAGAGGAUGAUGGCCAUGAAUGGGUCACCGUGCUGUAUGAUUUCAACGCGGAUGGUGAAGAUGAACUGUCUGUGCAAGAAGGUGACAGGUUAAUUGUCCUGGAGAAGGAUGGUGACGAAUGGUGGAAGGUCCGAGACGCCUUGGGCCAUGAGGGUGUCGUCCCGGCAUCUUAUGUUGAACUUGAGGAAAAGUCUGGUCCUGCCGUGAAUGGAGCGACAAAUGACUACGCUGAAGAAGAAGCAGCGCGGGAAGCUGAACGUGAGCAAGAAGAGCAACGAGAGCGUGAGCGACAGGAGGCCGAGAGGAAGCGUGUCGAGGCAGAACGCAGAGCGAAGAUGGCAGCAGAAGCUGCUGAAGCAGACCGCAAACGCAAGGAGCGUGAACGUGAACGUGAAAGAAAGAUGAAAGAGGAAGAAGAGAGACGUAGGCGAGACGAAGAGGAGGCGGAGGAAGCCGCAAGGAAACGCGCAGCGCGUCAGUCCCGGCCUGCGAGCGCAUCUGGGAGUCGUCCGAGGCCGUCUGAAGAUGAAAGGACAUCCCCUUCUCGUGAUGCCAGAGGGCGAGGUUCCAGCGACAGAGCACGGAGCCAGCCUGCUCCGGAUCGAGUGCGCACCUGGCACGAUCGUACUGGUCAGUUCAAGGUCGACGCCGAAUUCUUAGGCUUCUCCGGUGGCAAACUCCGUUUGCAUAAGACGAAUGGUGUGGUUAUUGAAGUGCCAGCGGAGAAAAUGUCAAUGGAAGAUUUGAAAUUUAUUGACCGACAGAAGGGUGGAAAGGAGAAAGACAAAGCUCAAGCGCCAUCAAGAGCACUGUCUCCAGGCGGUUCUGAUGAUGAACCGCUUGCCAUGCGACGAGCCUCAUUGUAUCCCGAUGCUCAGUCUCGACCAACACCACCUAAGAAGGGAAAGAGUGUUGAUUGGUUCGAAUUCUUCCUGAACGCAGGAUGCGACUUAGAUGAUUGCACGAGAUAUGCUUCCUCCUUUGAGCGCGACAAGAUUGACGAGUCGCUCUUGCCCGACAUCACGCCCCAGACCUUGCGUACGAUUGGUCUACGUGAGGGCGACAUUAUUAGAGUCUCGAAGGCGAUUGCUGCGCGGACACCAGGUGGUACCACGUCGGUACUUGAAGAGCAGAUGAAAAGAGACGAGGAACUUGCACGUAAGUUGCAGGAGGACGAGGCCAAUGGCGAGACCACUCCAAAACGUCAGACGACUUCACCCGGACUGUUUGCUGGUCCUGGUGGCGUGUUGAAGAAUAACACGCGGAGAGGUAGGCCGCAAUCAAGUAAAAGCACGCUGCCACCCACCGUUGACCUCCAAUCCAUCACUACUGCGUCAGCGCAAAUCACUCGACAUGACAGUCCCUCGACAGCACGAGUUCUGUCCCCUACUAGCGCGGUUACUGGACCGCCAAGAGCAAGCUCUGCAGCCCCAGUUGUCAGUGGCUUUGACGAUGAUGCUUGGACAAAUCGACCGAGCUCGACGCAACCCGCAGCAGCAGCCGCAACUACUACUACUACAACAGCUCGUGCGCCCUCAGCUCCUCCAACUCAAACACAGCCUCCAGCAGCAUCUGCUCCCCCACCGGCACCACCUCCGCCAGCCGCUCCUGCAGCAGCGACAUCAACGGGAAGCAGUCUUGCACGUACAACGGAGUCCGAUGUCUUUGAACAGCUUGCACGGUUGAGUGCGUUGAAGACGCAGAAUACAGUACAGAGUCCCUCUGGUCCAGCAUCAGCGCCUGUAUCUGCUGUUUCUCCACCUGUGACUUCCCCGCCUGUAAUGUCCCCGCCACCUGGCUUCCAAAGUGGUAUGGGUAUGGGCCCGUCUCCGGUACCUAUAGGCCAGCUACAACCGCAACUCUCUGCAAUCCCGCAGCAGACCAGUGCUCGUGGGCCAUUUGCACCUGUCCCCGCGAACCAAGGUCUUCUGCACCCUCUCGUACCGACAACGACAGGCUUCAACGGAUUCGUCCCAACGCGUCCACACAGCAACCCUCCAGCGUUCAACACGCCAUCGCCGCAGCCCCCUUUCCUCAAUACCCAACCUACAGGAUUCCCGGGUGCGAUGGGACCACAACCGACAGGAAUAUCAGGCGCUUUGAACGCUCAGCCUACUUCUGGCUUUGGCGGAGGACUUCAGCCUCAACCGACUGGCUUGCCAAGUUCUGGGCCCAUGAUGGCGCAGACUACAAGUUAUCCAGGUGCCCUUGGUGCUGGCCCCUUCUCUGGUGGAAGAGCAUUUGGACCUUUGCAACCAAAUGUUACUGGCUUCAAUCCUGGCUUUAACCAAAUAGCUUCACCGCCACCUCCCGUCCCACCAAUUCCGCCAUUGCCGACGAACAAUGCACCCAACAACACUGCACCAGCCAACGUGUUCGCUCAAAUGAAGGCUGGCACGUUUGCAAAUGACAAUGCACCACAAUCUGGCAACAAAUACGAUGCUUUACGCCCACAGCCUACAGGCUGGAACAUGCAAGGAACGACAACAGGUUUCCAGAACGGAUAUUCCGGACCAUUUUACUAAUUACUUGCUGUAUGUAUGCUUUAAUUCUCAAUUCCCGUUUGAACUUAGGAGAAAGAGAUAUAUC